GAUUCAUCAAGCUGUCAGCUCUGUUUCCGGCGCACUGACAAUCGCUCUUUCCGUUUUUGUUGUCGAAAGUGAUCGCACUGGAUUUUCGUCGCCGCUUGGCUUUUGAGCUUUCAAAAUGACCAAGGGUACGUCCAGCUUUGGUAAACGCCGCAAUAAGACCCACACCCUCUGCCGUCGGUGUGGCCGAUCUUCGUAUCACAUUCAGAAGCAUACUUGCUCCCAGUGUGGUUACCCAUCGGCCAAGAUCAGGUCCUAUAACUGGUCCGUCAAGGCCAAGAGGAGGAAGACUACCGGAACUGGCCGCAUGCGCUACCUGAAGAUUGUGCGCCGCAAGUUCCGCAACGGCUUCCGUGAAGGCCAGGUCGCCAAGCCCCGCAAGGCUGCCGCAUAGACAUCCAAAUCGGUCCAACUAAUGCAUUCAGGUUUGGAGAUAUGAAUGGCGACGUAUUCGACUAUUCCGUUGAUUGAAUGUUCAAGUUCAAUUUCAAUCACGAAUUGCUAAGGGAUUUAUCGUUUCUUAGAUAAAAGAAAAAAUGUGGAUUUAAGUGAUGGCUGAAGGAAAAUACAAAACAUUGAAUGUUUCGUAAAAUCUA